AUGGACCAUGGAAAUCCCAGUGGAAUUAAAAGCGGUGCUACUAACAGUAUUAUAAAUAAAAGUGGUUUUCCUGAGGACAGUAAUGGAAGUGCUUCUUCCCUACACAGAAACCGAGGCUCUAGUUCAAAUGAAAGGACAAGUGGAAUCUCGAGAAGCAGUAUUCAAAGUGGUGUUCCUAGAAGUGGUAAGAGAGAAAAAGGAAGUUAUAGGACUGGUGUUUCUGGAAACCGAAGUGGCAUUCAAGGUCAGCGAAGUGGUGUCUCCAGUAUCAACAUGGAAAGAAAUGAUCAGUCAAAUAGUGGGAGGCCGAGCAGUGGUAGACAAGCCUCAUCCUCUAAAAGGAGGACGUCUGCUUCCUGCAGUGGCACUGACAAAAGUAGUGCCCCUGACAAAAGCAGUGCUCCUAGUAGUGGUACACGCCGAGGAAGUGCUUCCAGUAGUAGAAGAGGGAGUGCUUUAGGCAGCACACGGAGUGCACACAGUGAUGUCUCAGAAUCCGAGAUCAGCCAGAGCUCUGAGUUCUCAGAAGUACCAAAACCUUCCAGAGUAAUUGACCCAAAUGAAAUUCUUGAGCAGAAUCAGGAAAGAGACUUUGAGAAAAUUUAUGAGAUCAAUCUCCAUGCCUCUGAAUUGACUGCCAUCUCCAAUUUAGAAAAAUUUAUCAAAGUAAGAGUACUAGAUCUAUCGUGCAACUUCAUUGAAAAAAUUGAAAACUUAGAGCCAAACUCGGAUUUGAGGGAACUUAAACUUUAUGACAACAGGCUGAGGACAGUAGAACGACUGCGAGGAUGUAAAGAACUAAGUAACUUACAACUUCAACAUAAUAAAAUCAGACAGAUUGGUAAAGGACUGAGUGGUUUAUCUAAACUGAAACACCUGCGUAUAGACUGUAAUCGCCUCCUCAAAUUGGAGGCAGCUGAGCUGUCGUGUUGCUCCCAGCUGACCACACUGGACAUCAGUUUUAAUCUACUUGACAACAUCUCAGCACUAAAUUACCUUCCUCACCUUGAAGAGUUGUUGGCUGCAGGGAACAGGCUGCGCAGUGUUGACCUGUCUCGCUGUAAACGGCUACAAGAAGUAGAUCUAUCGCAUAAUAAGCUUACAGACAUUAGUGGUCUGCGAGGUCUUCCCAACCUACAGAUCGUCAACCUUGGUACUAAUCAACUGACCUCGCUGAAAGGUCUCGGCAAAUCCAGAUCUAUACAGGAAAUUCAUGCUGCUGAGAACAAGCUGACAGAACUCUCCUACUUUCCGACCAACUUUCCCAAAUUAGAGAUUGUCAACAUUACAGAUAGCUGUAUAGAAGACUUUGAUGAAGUGUAUUAUCUGGAAGAGUUAAGUGAACUAGCAGAACUCUUUAUUGCUGGAAAUCCAUUCUCUGAUCCUGAUGGACAGCACACUCACUAUAUGGCUGAGAUUCAAGUCAUCCUCCCAAACCUGGAGAUUUUGGAUGGGGCUCAUGUGAAGAGAACAGCCCAGAAAGGUGCUCCUUUGAUGCGCCCAAUGUCUGCCUCAACUAUUAUCAGUGUACGACAGGUUGAAACACAAAUGAAGUCUUCUGAUAAUGAGAUGAAAAAUUUGGAGAGCAGUAUUCUUAAAAAGUUUGACUCGAUAAGAGAGAUGUAUGAGACAUUGCCAGAGAGACCACUUUCACCACUCACAGCUGAGAAUUCAUUGGAUGGCCAGCGGAAAACUCGCAGUCGAGCAAGAAUACAAGAUGCCAUGAAAUUUGCUGCAGAAAAUUUUUAAAGAAAUCAAUUCACC